ACAUUAUAGUUUAAGUCUUUUUCAUAACAACUGUAUAAUUUUUCUCUUCACUACACAUUGAUUUCAAAAUACAAAAGUGACGUUAUAAUUUAUUAUUUCAAGUCAACGUUUUAUUAACAAAUGUGACUAGACAACGACAGAUGUAGAUACAGAAACAAAACUCUGACUUCAAUAGGAAUAGAUUUAACGAAUUUGACUUUUACCUAAUCAUUUCAUCUUGUUAAAUUCGAUUAUUUUUAAAAAACAAUCAGACAUUUUUUUUUAAGUUAUAACAAAAUUUGUCCAUUAUUCAAAGUGAUUUAUUUUCAUUUGUCAUUCGAUUAACUGGAUACUGAUUAUAAUUGAAUCGUUUUCUCAAAAUAAAAAACUUUUGAAGACUCAAGUUAUAUUCUUUCGAAACUAAGUGUGUGUGUACGUGUGUGUGUGUGUACGUCUCUCUCUUUCUCUCAUGUUUACAGCCCAAUAAUUUACAAUACAAGUGAAAUAAAAGUUUUUUUUUUUUUAAAUCACUAACAUAAAAAUCAAUAAAUUGAUGAUGGGUUCAACAGAUGCAUGUACAUCCAUGUCAACUUUACCUUUAAAAAGUAAUAAGGUUUAUGUGCAUAAUAUGAGCGGUACUGUACAAACGGAUACUUCUUAUAGACCAACGAAUGGAGGAAGUACACUAAGAAAUGGUAACACUAGAGGGUUUUAUCAACAAAAUGACCAACCCCAGAUAGGUGCUCAAGCGGAACUUGAUGAUGCCUGGAAGGAAAAAGUCCUUUCUGUACAACGUGAUAAUCGUGUAAGAACACAGGAUGUAUUGAAUAGAAAAGGAAAUGAAUUUGAGGAUUUCUUUCUUAAAAGAGAAUUGUUAAUGGGAAUUUUUGAAAAAGGAUAUGCGAAACCUUCACCUGUUCAAGAAGAGUCCAUUCCCGUUACGCUUUUAGGAAAAAAUAUAUUAGCUCGAGCGAAAAAUGGUACAGGAAAAACCGCUGCAUUUCUUAUUCCUUUAUUAGAGAAAAUUAAUACCCAAGUCAAACAAAGCAUUCAAGGACUUAUUUUAGUUCCAACACGUGAAUUAGCUUUACAAACUUCUGCUGUUGUGAAAGAAUUGGGUAAACAUAUGAAUAUUCAGUGUAUGGUAUCUACAGGAGGUACAUCAUUACGAGAUGAUAUUAUGCGUUUAUAUAAUCCCGUUCACAUACUUGUGGGUACCCCUGGUCGCGUACUUGAUUUAUCAAAUAAACAUGUUGCUAAUCUUCAAGGAUGUCAUAUGCUUGUUAUGGAUGAAGCAGAUAAACUUCUAUCACCUGAAUUUCAACCAAUUAUUGAAGAACUCAUCACAUUUUUACCAUCAGAUAAGCAAAUAUUAUUAUAUUCAGCAACAUUUCCUAUAUCCGUUAAGGAUUUUAAAAAUAAAUAUAUUCCAGAUGCUCAUGAAAUCAAUUUAAUGGAGGAACUCACAUUAAAGGGUGUAUCUCAAUUUUAUGCUUUUGUUGAAGAACGUCAAAAAUUACAUUGUUUAAAUACACUUUUUUCCAAACUCGAUGUUUAUCAAGCUAUUAUUUUUUGUAAUUCGGUUACCCGUGUUGAGCUUUUAGCUCGGAAAAUAACAGAACUUGGUUACUCUUGUUUUUACAUUCACGCGCGUAUGAUGCAAUCUCAAAGAAACCGUGUUUUUCAUGAUUUUAGAAAUCAAGCAUGCCGUUGUCUUGUGUCAUCAGACCUUUUUACUCGUGGUAUUGAUAUACAAACAGUAAAUGUAGUUAUCAAUUUUGACUUUCCUAAAAAUUCCGAAACAUAUUUACAUCGUAUUGGGCGUUCUGGACGGUUUGGCCAUCUUGGUUUGGCUAUUAAUUUUUUAACUUUUGAUGAUCGUUUGAAUCUUUAUAGAAUAGAAAAAGAACUUGGAACAGAAAUAAAAGCUAUACCACAACAUAUUGAUCCCGCCUUGUAUACAUAAAGAAUUUAUUCAAACAGUGUGUUAUAAAAAUAAGACGAAAAAAUACUUCUAAAGGAUGUUUUAUUUCACACUGCAAGAAAGAAAAAAAGAUCUGCUCUGUUUUUUUUUUAUAGUUGCAAAGAGAAAUGCGGUGAAAAAUAAAAAUUCUCUCAAUAAGUCCUAUAUAUUAACAUUUCGCGUUUUUGUUAUAAAAAAGUUGUCUUCA